GGCGAGCGGAAAUAGAUCGCCGAAACUUCCGGUGUCGGUUGGGGUUCUCAUUCGCGAUAAAGAAGAGGCAAGUGCAGCCGCCGGGUGGUAGAAGAUGGCCGACGCGCAGGUAAAGAAGCUCACGGACGAGAUCGAACGGUUGGAGUUGGACCUCAAGGCCCUCGAAGCGGCCAUCACGACGUCAGAAGCCGCGAAAAAAGUCUCCGAGUACUGCAACACGACACCCGACCCCUUCUUGGGCGACAAUGAGUCGCCAAAUGUGUGGCAGGCCGCGGCGCAAGGUGGCGGAGGAUGUGUGAUACAAUAAUGUUCACCCUCGAUCGAUUCCAUAAAGAAAAUCACCUCUCUCCGACGACAACUCGUCGGCAUGUAUCAUCUUGUGUGCGACUCCUGCCGCGUCCCACAUGUGUUCACCACUUCAUAAGUUAACAUGUGUUCUUCCAUAUA